AGAGAGCAGAACCAACUCCCAAAGAACAAGCAACAGAGAAACGGAAAGCGUUACGCCCCAAACAUUUGGAAGGAAGAAGUGUUUGCAGCAGAGACAUGAGCACUGCAGGAAAAGUUAUUAAAUGCAGGGCAGCAGUUGCCUGGGAACCCAAUAAGCCCCUCUCCAUUGAGGAAAUCGAAGUAGCUCCACCAAAAUCUCAUGAAGUUAGAAUAAAGAUCCUUGCUUCUGGUGUAUGCGGGUCAGACAGCACUGCAUUAAGUACAACAGUACAUACCAAGUUCCCAGUAAUUUUGGGUCAUGAAGCUGUUGGAGUUGUUGAAAGUGUGGGUCCGGGAGUGACUCGGGUUAGUAAAGGUGACAAAGUCAUCCCCCAUUGCCUUCCCCAAUGUGGAGUUUGCAGAAGCUGCAAAGGCUCAAACAGCAAUUUCUGUGAAAAAAAUGACGUAGGCGGAUUAUCAGGACUGAUGGAAGACAAAACAAGCAGGUUUACUUGUAGAGGCAAACUGGUUUACCAGUUUGUGAGUACAAGCACUUUUACGGAAUACACUGUUGUGUCUGACAUAUGUGUUGUCAAAGUGGAUGAUCGAGCUCCAAAUGAAGUCUGCCUCAUUGGCUGUGGAUUUGCUACUGGAUAUGGUGCCGCUUUAAAUACUGCUAAGGUGACUCCUGACUCUACAUGUGCUGUAUUUGGGUUGGGAGGUGUAGGUUUCUCAGUAAUACUUGGCUGCAAAGCUGCCGGAGCUACUCGCAUUAUUGGGAUAGGUACUCAUAAAGAUAAAUAUCCAAAAGCCAUUGAACUUGGAGCCACAGAGUGCAUAAAUCCAAAGGACUAUGAAAAGCCUAUUCAGGAGGUCAUUUGUGGCAUGACUAAUGGAGGAGUGGAUUUUGCCUUUGAAUGUACUGGGCGUAUUGAAACUAUGAAUUCUGCUCUUGAAUCCACGUACUGUGCCAGUGGAGUCGCUGUGGUGCUUGGUGUGACAUCUCCAACUGAUAAACUUACAUUUCCUCCAAUGUUGCUCAUCCCAGGUCGUACAUUGAAAGGAUCUCCAUUUGGAGGGUGGGUUGGUGAUGAUCUCCCAAAGCUGGUAACUGAUUACUUGAAUAAAAAAAUCAAUAUUGAUCACUUGGUGAGCAAAAGAGUCUCAUUGGAUAAAAUCAAUGAUGCCUUUGACCUGAUCCACAGUGGGAAAGGCAUAGGUGGAGCAUCAGGACUGAUGGAAGACAACACAAGCAGGUUUACUUGUAGAGGCAAACUGGUUUACCAGUUUGUGAGUACAAGCACUUUUACGGAAUACACUGUUGUGUCUGACAUAUGUGUUGUCAAAGUGGAUGAUCGUGCUCCUAAUGAAGUCUGCAUCAUUGGCUGUGGAUUUGCUACUGGAUAUGGUGCCGCUUUAAAUACUGCUAAGGUGACUCCCGGCUCUACGUGCGCUGUAUUUGGGUUGGGAGGUGUAGGUUUCUCAGUAAUAAUUGGCUGCAAAGCUGCCGGAGCCACUCGCAUUAUUGGGAUAGGUACUCAUAAAGAUAAAUAUCCAAAAGCCAUUGAACUUGGAGCCACAGAGUGCAUAAAUCCAAAGGACUAUGAAAAGCCUAUUCAGGAGGUCAUUUGUGGCAUGACUAAUGGAGGAGUCGAUUAUGCCUUUGAAUGUACUGGGCGUAUUGAAACUAUGAAUUCUGCGCUUGAAUCCACUUACUGUGCCAGUGGAGUCACUGUGGUGAUUGGUGUGACAUCUCCAACUGAUAAAAUUUCAUUUCCUCCAAUGUUGCUCAUCCCAGGUCGUACAUUGAAAGGAUCUCUAUUUGGAGGGUGGAUUGCUGAAGAUCUCCCAAAGAUGGUAACUGAUUACCUGAAUAAAAAAAUCAAUAUUGAUCACUUAGUAAGCAACACACUGUCAUUGGAUAAAAUCAAUGAUGCCUUUGACCUGCUCCACAGCGGAACAGGGAUUCGGACCAUUGUGUUAUUCUGAUCCCAUUGCCAGCAGAGACACUACUUUCUUUCAGUGGAGUCCUCCAUUUUUAUUUGCUUCCAAUCCUGCAUGCAAUUUACCGAAUCAAGUUCAAUAAGAAAACAUGUUGCAAUCUAUUAUAUUUACUGUAAUUAUACAAUGAAUACAAUUAACUUGCCUUAGCCUAAGCAAUAUCUUAUGUUACAUCAUUCAGCUGAUAGAACACAAGAACAUGUAUCUUUAAGUUCUGCAGAAAUAAAGUGGC